AUGGAGCCCCAGCCGCCCACAGAGGUGGUUUCCGUCGACAUCCUCAUUCGCCGACUGGUAAAGACUGCACCCGAUAAGGUGAUGAUAUCCUAUCCAGACCAUGAACUGGACUUCAAGGACUACACGGCCGCAGACUUAGACCGCCUGACGAAAAGUGCAAUAAGCACGUACCCAAAGUCUCUCAGAGAAUCUGCACAGAAUGCAAAGCCCGGGGAGGCGCCCGCAGUCGCCAUUGUAGGGGCUUCCAGCCUCGAAUAUUACGUCCAUCUCUUCGCCCUUAGUCGGAUGGGUCUGACAACUGUGGUAAUGUCACCACGGCUGCCUGACCAGGGAUUGGCGCACCUGAUACGGCAUCAACACUGUGUGGCCGUCUUUGCAUCUGGCCUCUCCAUACCAGCCCUGGAGAGAGUAAAGACUAUCCAGGAAAACUUGCCAGAAUUUGAUAUCAUUUCCAUGGCACAGAUGGCAGAACUCGACGCAAUCUCUCGACAUGGAGCUCUUAUCGAUCUCCCUGUCGUUGAAUACAAAGACGAUCUCGAGACGCCUUUCUUCGUCAUCCACAGUGGAGGGACCACGGGCCUACCAAAACCUGUUCCCCGUCACAUGGGUCGUGAUCUCAUGCAUCUAGCAAAGCUUAUUUCCGAGUCUGUUCCAGACAUACUGGCGACGCUCCCUGUCUAUCAUGCUUUUGGCUUUGGCCAUUUCAUAGCCACACUGUGGGGCACUUUCACAUUGAGCCUGCUGAACGCCUCCCGACCAGUCACUGCCUCAGUCAUAUUGAAAGCACUAGACAUCACACGGUGCAAGGCUCUUGCGACGGUACCACACUUACUCAAAUUCAUCGUCGAGGCUCCAGGUGGUGCAGAGAGGCUCGCACGACUACAACGUGUCGCGGCAGCCGGCUCAGCGACCCCGGAGGUGCUAGGAAAUCAGCUGGCCGAGAAGGGUGUGAACAUUGUCUCUCCAUAUGGACAAUCAGAAAGUGGUGCCCUGAUGCGUAAUGUCCCCGGACCAGACUGGGUUUGGCACAUGCCUAUGCCAGCUGCUGAGCCGUAUUUGAAGUUUGAGCCUUACGGAGACGAAGAUCAGGGGCUUUCCCACCUGGUCGUACUUCCUGGCCUGCCAACCUUGGUAAUGUCCAACAGACCUGAUGGCUCGUACGCGACCCAGGAUCUCUUCGUGCGCCAUCCGACAGAUCCCAGGAAGUGGAAAUUUGCCAGCAGGGCAGACGACAUAAUCGUGCUGGUGAAUGGCCUGAAGGCGGAUCCGCACUUGCUAGAGGAGGCUGUCGCGAAGAACCGCAACGUGGAUACCACGAUGGCCUUUGGCGCAGGACGGGACUCCCUCGGUCUGGUUGUGGUUCCGUCGGCCCAUGCAUCAGGGCUGUCAAAGGAGGAGCUGGCAGCUAGCAUUGCCCCUGACCUGAAGCUGGGCAAUUCCCUAGUAUCAGCUUACACGCGGGUCCCACUUGAUGCCGUCAUUUUCAGAGAAGCAGGGAGCGAAGUGCCGAGAACGGCGAAGGACACGUUGAUACGCUCAAAGUUCCUCGAAAUGUGCAAAGAGGACAUCGAUGCGCAUUACGCCGCAAGAGAAGCGCAAAGCAGCACACAGGUCUCCAUCGCGGACGACGAGGUCGAAGACGUUGUGCGCGAAGUCGUGAGCUCAGUAGUGUCAGCCGAAGAUGCGGACUUAGGUAUCGACACCGACUUUUUCGGUCUCGGCAUGGACUCCUUGCAGGCCUCAUAUGUGCGUUCGCGGCUGCUCAGGCGCGUGAACCUUGGCGGACGUCUCCUGCCGACCAAUGUCGUUUUCGAGAGUCCCACCGUGGGCCAGCUUACCAACUAUAUACUGGCGGUGAGAAACGGACGAGAUCCCAAAGAUGCGACUCAUUCUGAAAGAGAAAUCGCGCAAGGCCUUCUAAAGAAGUACACUCAGUUUGCUCAGUGCGAACCACAGACCCUACAAGCUGGUCCUGGGCGUGUUGUUCUAAUUACGGGAGCGACCGGUUUUAUUGGCAGCCAUGUGAUUCAUCGUCUGGCCUCGUCGUCAGAUGUGGACCAGGUCUACUGCCUCGUUCGAGCAGAUUCAGAUGAGGCGGCAGACUUGCGCAUCACCAAGUCCCUCCAUGAAGCUCACCUAGAAGUGACAGAUAGCCACCAGAGAUCGAAGAUUGUCGCCCUUGCCUCCGACCUUGGACAGACCAGCCUAGGUCUGAACAAUAGCCAUUAUGAGAUAUUGCGUACUUCGGUCACGGAUAUUAUUCAUGGUGCCUGGGCAGUGAACUUCAACCUAUCCUUGUCAUCAUUCGAAAACCCUUCCAUCGCCUCGAUCUCGCACUUGCUGAACUUGGCAAUACGUUCUCCUCUAAAUCCUAGGCCUAAAUUCUCAUUCAUUUCCAGCAUCGCUGCUAUCGCUCUUGCAAAAGCCCAAGAAGGAGUGAAGGAGACUAGGUAUGGAUGGGAAGCCGCAAGUCAAAUAGGCUACGGGCAAUCGAAGUGGGUUGGGGAGGAGAUUUGUUCUGCGGCUGUCAAGUAUGCUGCGCAAAAUGGCGUCGAUCUCCCCGUCCAGAUUCUCCGGGUGGGCCAGAUUGUUGGUGAUAACAAGCGUGGCAUGUGGAACCCAAAGGAGGCGAUCCCGUUGACUGUACAGAGCGCCUUGACCACCGGCGCGCUUCCUGUCGUGGAGGGAGCCGACAUGCAAUACUGGCUGCCAGUUGACAUAGCUGCGGCUGCCAUCAUCGAACUUGCAUUCCGCAGUCGAUCCAAUGAAGACACAGAGGGAGCACGAGUGUUUCAUGUGUCCAACACAACUCCACUGCACUGGAAUACAGAGUUCUUGCCUGCUCUCGCCAGGCACAAUCUCGCUUUCGAGGCAAUCCCACAACAAGAAUGGCUGCGCCGGCUAGAAAGCGCAGUACCUAAUCAUAGACUACUUCAGCACUUCAAGAGAAGAUACGGAGUCGUUCAUGACAACCAGGCUUCUACACGUGCCGAAGACGCCUUGGAUCUGUUUGAAGCGCGGAAGUAUUCCAACGCACUGAGAGACGGCACAAAAAUUGACGAGCAUAUGAUCGGCAGGUUCUUGACAUACUGGCUGGGGCUGGAAGAAUGGAAAUCUCUUGAGCAAUCAACAAAUACCAACGGCCUAGCUGUGGGCCAGCAGAGCGGCCGGAGAGACAGUGGAGUGGGGAUAUGUCAGGUCAAGUAA